GUGAACUACUUGUCUUGUUUUGGUCGCCCCCUUUUCUAUAAAAAUAAAUCAAAAGUGCAACAGAUAAUGACCCAGAUGCCCAGUCCUCCACCUGAAGAGUUGGUCAAACAAUGGGAAAGUGAGCAGAAGCGACUCAGGCAGGAGGUGGUGGAGGAAGACACUGAGGACUGGCAGAGGAGCCCAGACUUCUCCGGCCUGGAGCGGGUCGGUGGCGUGGACCUCUCCUUUAUCAAAGGGGAUGAAGUCAACGCCUGCGCCCAGCUCGUGGUGCUCAGUUACCCGGAUUUGAAGGUUCUGUAUGAAGACAGUCGCAUGGUGACCCUGACGGCCCCCUAUGUCUCUGGCUUCCUGGCCUUCAGAGAAACCCCUUUCCUCCUGGAGGCGCUGCAGCGGCUAGAGACCAGCCAGACGACACUUGUGCCUCAGGUGGUGUUUGUGGAUGGGAAUGGUCUUUUCCACUACAGAGAGUUUGGCGUGGCGUGUCAUCUCGGGGUGCUGUCAGGUAUUCCCUGUGUGGGCGUGGCUAAGAACCUGCUGCAGGUGCAGGGGGUGCUUAAAGACGAGGAGCACCAAUCACAAAUUGCUGCUCUGCAAAAAGGAGGAGACAGCUUCCCACUCACCGCCGCCUCGGGCAAAGUGCUCGGAAAGGCGUUGAGAAGCUGCGAUAAGAGCUCCAAGCCCGUCUACGUCUCCGUGGGUCACAGAAUCAGCCUGGACACCGCUGUCCGCCUGACACACUCGUGCUGCCGCUACCGGGUACCUGAGCCCAUCAGACAGGCUGACGUUCGCUCCAGAGAAUACUUACGCAUACACUUCCCAGCUACCGAUACAUGAAUUAGACACUGAGGAGUCGUUCUGGUCUGCAGCAGCUGGCUCAGACGUCGCCGUCGAGCCGAAGCCUUGUAGCAGCCGCAGGUCAUCGCAUCGACCUAACAGGAUGUAUAUAAGCUAAGCAGACAGACAUCAUGUAGUGCUUCUGCAAACUGGUAAGAUGGACAGUGUUUGAAAUGGGGAAAAACUUAUGUUGAAAAAAAAUAAUGAAAUGAAGAACAAAUAAAACGUGACAGAAUGAACGAUUUAAACACAAAAUAUGACGUUCAUUCAUACCUUUGCCAUCAGUCUAAACUAUUUUUAUUGGUAGAUUAAAAGUGAAAACCCUAAAGACAGAAAUGUUCUCAGUGGUUUCAGUACUGCAGACCCACAUGCCCUUAUUGCACAUAAUGUAGCUAACCCAACAUUACUGUAAAUGCAGAAAAAAAUGAAAUAAAUGAGCUCAGAUUUCAGA